AUGGCUCUGUUGCAGAAUGAAGACUUUGCUAUAUGGUAUCUACGGACGUCUUAUUUGGCCAGCGCCAAAGACGGGAUUGCUGAGCGACUGAUCAACGUCAACUCAUCAAUCCUGAACACACCGGGGUUUCGUGCAGCUGGCUGGUCUGCUGAUCCCACCCAGCGGACUUAUUCUCCCCCAAUUCCGACAUCUGUCAACACCAAUUAUUUCAAGGAAGGCGCAGACCUGCAGCAGCUAAACUCACAUGAUGCCGAAGAGGAUGAAGGUGGCCUCGUUACCGGCAGGACUAGCAAUGAUACAAUCGGACCCGCGCUUCAUAUGAGGCGGCGGAGAAGAAGAGAACAAGUGGAGGAGGACGACAGUAGCGAUCUGACGGACGAGUCGGAAGACGAAGGCGACGGUGGCCAACGCACUGUCCAGCAAAUCAGAUUUGCAAAGAUGCCUGCUCGCAAUCGUGCGGACUCGUCCCCGAUCCAUGGUACCGAUGGAGACGACGGGACAACCUCGCCAAAUAAACCAACGACCGACAACAGGCGCCGAACCGGCUCGCUUGGUGCCGUUGAAGCUGUGAAGGCUCGCGCCAGGCGCGACACUACUACGAGCAGUGAUAUGUCUUCGGAGAACGAAGUCGAUCCAGCAUAUUUCCAGCGCCGUCAACUGACCGCAGGCCAAACCUCUAAAUCUGUUCCGCUCCCUGGCGAAGAUCCCAUCGGAGUAGUUGCGCGAGCUGGUCAGCAUGUAGGCGGCCAGGACGACUCCGAUGCCGAAUCGGUCGGAUCUGCCAUGUCUUCGGAGUUGGGAGACACGAUGGACUCGACAUCUCUGCUCAACACUUUAGGUGACCCGAAUCUGAAUUCCACACCCUUGGGCAGUUUAACAAGUUCAGGACCGCGCUCGAUUCAGCCUGGAUCGCCCAGAAGACAGAGGACAAUGUCAAUACUGCAUGAGCUACCGCCGCCACGACCUAUAAGCAUGAUCCAGCCUAAGAGCCUGCUUUCAGCGGCUCUGGGGGCACAGAAAAAAGGCCCCAGCAACCCUUUGCAAGCGUUCGCUGGUCUCUCUGGUAAAGGGACUCCGAAUCCUCUGUGGAUCAAGAUAUAUGCGCCAUUCUCGGAGGAUGCCGAGGACCCGUUUGAGAUGCCGCUGGCUCGGACAUCCAAAGAUGGCAAUCCUAUCAUUGUCGCGGAAGCGCUUGGCCACGCUCUCUGGAGAUACCAGGAGGAAGGGCUGAAACCAGAACUCACUACAGAACAGCUCGAUGUCAACAAGUGGACACUGCGGAUGGUGGAAGACGGAGAGGUCGACGAAGACUUUCCUCCGCUCGUCCGGACCAGGCCUGUGACGGAUUUUACUGACAACAACAAUCGAGCCGGUAGAGGCCGGACCAGGGGCCGGCCUUUCGAUGAGUUUGCCCUCGUGGAGGCAUCUGCAUCUCAGUACGAAGCUAAUAAGAAGGAAACACCUCAACUAAGACCUCCUGAACAGACAGACGCUGGGCCUAUCACCACACUUGAAGGACAGGCUCCACUGCCCACGAUAGAGCGUCCUGGCACUCCUAAAGGAGUGUCGCGCUCUAACAUGCUUCUUGCUGGACAACCUUUCACCACCGCUCUCACCAAUGCUUCCUUAACCCCGGCAGAUCUUCCCGCGCCGGCCGCGCCGCAGGCCACUCCUCGCAUGGGCUCCACGAAACCCCUGAAGAUCCGAUACCUUAACCACGACAUGACCGCCCAGACGAUGAUGAUAGAGACAUCCACCGACAGCUACAUCGCUGAAAUCCUGGACCAUGUGUGCAAGAGAUGGAACCUUGAGAAGGCGGGUUUUGUGCUCAAGGUGGCUGGCACUAAUACUGUGGCGCCGUUGGAUCGGACAGUGGAAGCUCUGGGCGUACGAUCCGAGUUGGACCUGGUCCGGCGGCGGUUCGGUGCCGGAGUCACUUUGACGGGGUCACCUGGAAGUUCCUCACCCAAUGCGCCCCUGCUGCUGGACAUCCAGGGCCCGACGAAGAAGAACAAAAGAGGACAACCUAUGCAAGCUUCGUCGCUGAAGCAGGACUUGCUAUCGAGCGCAAGCAAUUUCAAAAAGUAUUACGUGACGAGGAAACAGUUAGGAGGAUUUGCGCAGGGAAGUCAGAGAGUGCUGGUGUUUGACGGCGACAUCAUCCAUGUCAUGCCGGCAGACUCCAGCUCCAACGCCAAAUUCAGCUCGAUUGCAUUCAACGACAUCUUGAAGUGCAAGGUCAGCUCCAAACAUCCCAAGCUGGUUCGAAUCGUGGUCCGGAGAGUGAACGAGUCCAAGCGAUACGAUUUCGAGGCGCGGACAGCUGGUGAAGCGCAGGAGAUCGUGGAUGAGGUGACCCGCGAGAUGAAGCUGGCGCGGGCGUGA